AUGAGCUCCUCUACUUCUACAUAUUUUGAUGAUGAUGAGGGCCCUAGGGAAAUUUCUGGUUUUGUUUCGCUAGAACUUAUACUUCAACAUGGUCAUCACGGUACAGCUUCAGUUUUCAGAGUAGAAUUUCCACUAUUUUCUUCCAUAAAGUUGCUGAAAAAAGAUAUGGAACCAAGGGUAGGUGACUUAUAGUUAUAAGUGUUAAUUAAGUAUUUGCAGGUAUUAUUCAAAAUCCCGUGUAUGACUCUUCAAAUGCUCAUGCAAAAAGUCAUGUUUAAGCUGUUUAGAAUUAAAAUAAAAACAGCCCUUCAUAAUUUCGUAACUAAAUCAUCCUGCAUUAAACCAUAGCUUGCGAUUUCCUUACUGUAUUCAACUAUAUAGGUUCAUUCUGCUGAAACGAAUUGUGCUAAUUCCUAUUGGUAAUUCAUUCUUUUAAUUAAUAAUCAACUAAUCAACAGAUCAAGGUUAAACCAGAAUUCCAAGAAUGGUUUUACAAAGGGAUUUUAUUGAAAGACGAUGACACUAUGCUGAGCCUAAAAGUGAAUGUUGAUGACAAAAUUGUUGUGAAGGAGAGGACAUAA